AUGGUUUUGAGAAUGCUACAAGGAUUGACAGAACAAUAUUCUAAUUUUGUUACUGUGAUGCAAAACAAGAAAAGCCUACCUAUUUUUGCUACAGGCCGUUCCAAACUCGCCUUGGAAGAGACCACCAUUUUAGAGCGAGCAAAACAAGCAUCUGUCCUUGUAGCCCAUUCCCAAACUUCAGAUGAUAGUAUGAAUCACCAAAAUACUUCUCAAGUUGAUGGGUUCGGUAGUGGUGGCAGACGUGGAAGACACCCACAACAAUGGCAGCCUGGGUCUUGGAUGCAGUGGGCUCCAUGGACUUGCCCUCCUUCCCUAUAUCCUUCCUACAACAAUUGGGCUAGGCCCACUUUCACUCCUCCACCACCACAGCAUGGUCUUCUUGGACCGAAACCUCAACAGCCAGCUUAUAAUGCCAAUGCACCCAGUCCAACUGACAUUGAAGCAGCUCUUCAUACUCUCAGUCUUACUCCACCUGAUCUGUCAUGGUACAUGGACACCGGGGCGACAUCUCACAUGACAUCUGCGGAAGGACUUUCAGACGGGAAUGGCACUAAUGAGAUGUGA